CUUCAACGGAAGGAAAGAGGCAAAGAAGUAUAUUUGCCUACUUAUGCAGCUCUCCAUCUCCUCCCUCUUUCUUUCUUUCUUCCUCUGCAAAUCUUUCAUCUAGUAAAUUGGGGAAUGAGGCGUGGCCUGAAGGAUCAUGCAGUAAGCAGUUAUGGAUACAAGUACAGCCCUUGAAGCCUCAUCUUCAUCUUCACCGUCCUCCUCCUUCUCCACCACCUCUUCCUCCUCACCCUACGAUGUGUUCUUGAGCUUUGGCGAAGACACGCGCAAAACCUUCACGGACCACCUCUACUGGACAAUGAAAGACGCCGGAAUUGACUUCUUUAUGGAGGAGAACGAAUCAAUAAGAAGAGGGGAAAAUAUAUCAGACAAAGUGAAGCAAAUAAUCGAAGGGUCUAAGGUUUCGGUCAUCGUCUUCUCAAGUAGGUAUGCGGAUUCCAUCUGGUGUCUUGAGGAGCUAGUGCAGAUCAUGGAGUGCAGAGGAACAGUGAAGCAAAUGGUUCUGCCAAUAUUCUACGAUCUUAGUCCGUCAGAUGUUAUAGGUACUUUUGUACUAGCAUUUCAGAAGCAUAGAGAGCGCUUCCAUGAAGAUACAGAUAUACAAGAAAAGCUACGGCGGUGGACAGAUGCUCUUACUGCAGCUGCAGGUUUGACAGUCUGGGCAGAUGCUCCUACUGCAGCUGCAGGUUUGACAGUCCGGGUUUUCAGAACGACUAAUGGGUAUGAAGGAAUGUUUAUAAGGGAAAUCAUUACAAAAAUCACAGCUGGAAUAACUUUUUCCGAGCUUCAAAGAUCAGAUUCUCCCGAGCUCGAAGAUAUCGAUUCUACCGGGCACACAGAUAUCGGUUCUUCCGUGUCUAGCGCGAACUCUCCCCUUUCUUUAGAGCCGUUGAAAAAGAGGCGUCACGAGCCCGACCGCUCUGACAGUACCUCACGCAAGUUUUCAGAGACAAGGCAAGUUUUGCAUGGUACAGCUGGUGUGAUGACUCAACAAGUCCAAGCUCGAAAUCAGCAAUUGGCAAUCGGCAGGGUCCACACCGGAUCAAAUCUGGGUGGAAAUAAUUUGACGCUAGAGCCGGCCCACAGGGCUUCGGGCCCAGAGCUCGGGCCUCCAUCUCUACUUGGGCUGGCAAUUCUUCCCAGGCCCGAAGCUAGGGCCUCCACUUCCACUCGGGCUCCUUCACGCUGGAGCCGGUCCAUAGGGCCUCCGACCUCUUUUCUCGGGUCUGUCCCCCGAGCACCCACCUACGAUGGAGUUGCUCUAGGAUGGUCGCUCACAGGUUUGGAGCAGCUUUGCUCUGGACUUUUUCAGCAAAAUAUGACAUCACCGUCUGCUGCCAAUGAUGAAAGUAGAAGACUAAGAAUGCUAUCGAAUCGCGUUCUUGGGAAGGAUGGCCUUGCAAAUAUAGGAUCACCUCCUAUUUUGCCUCAACUUCACCAGCUUCAACAGCACGCUCUUUCCAAUCAGCAGUCACAAAAUUCAAAUCUCAUUCCCCAUCAGCAAGAUAAAAUGGGGGGUGCUGGCAGCAUCACUAUGGUUGGUAGCAUGUCGAACUCUUUUCAAGGAAAUGAUCAGUGGGAUGAUAAAGAUCUUGAAUUGCAGGCUGAUAUGGAUCGAUUUGUAGAGGAUGGGUCUCUUGAUGAUAAUGUCCAGUCUCUUGUAUCCCCUGAUGAUGUGGAUCAUAGAGAUGCUAUUGGUCGAGGUAUCGAUGUCAGCAAAGGGUUCACAUUUACGGAAGUAAACUCUAUUAGAGCAAGCGCAAGCAAGGUUACAAGCUGUCACUUCUCAUCAGAUGGGAAGUUUCUUGCUAGUGGGGACCAUGAUAAAAAGGCUGUAUUGUGGUACACAGAUACAUUAAAGCCAAUAAGUGUGCUACAAGAACAUUCAGCUUUUAUAACUGAUGUUCGUUUUAGUCCGAGCAUGCCACGUCUUGCAACGUCUUCAUUUGACAAGACUGUCAGGGUUUGGGAUGCCAACAAUCCUCGUUAUCCUCUCCGUACCUUUAUGGGACAUUCGGCCUCAGUUAUGUCAUUAGAUUUCCACCCAAAUAAAGAUGACCUCAUCUGUUCUUGCGACGUGGAUGGUCAGAUACGCUACUGGAGUAUUCACAAGGGCAGCUGCUUGUGCGUGUCUAAGGGUGGUACGGCACAAAUGAGAUUUCAACCCCGUCUUGGAAGAUUUCUUGCUGCAGCCGCAGAGAAUGUUGUAUCUAUACUGGAUGUUGAGACUCUGACUUGUCGGCAUUCUUUACAGGGGCAUACUAAGCCUAUCCAUUCUGUGUGUUGGGAUCCUUCUGGCGAAUUCCUUGCAUCUGUCAGCGAGGACUCUGUAAGAGUUUGGGCACUUGGAGCGGGAGGCAAAGGGGAAUGCGUUCAUGAGUUAAGCUGCAACAGAAAUAAAUUUCAUUCAUGCGCUUUCCAUCCUGCAGAUACUUCACUGCUGGUCGUUGGCUGUUAUCAGACACUGGAGUUAUGGAACAUCACAGAGAACAAGACAAUGACUCUACCAGCACAUGAAGGACUCAUUGCUUCUUUGGCGGUGUCAACUGUUACAGGUUUGAUUGCUUCGGCUAGUCACGAUAAGUUUGUCAAGAUCUGGAAGUGAAAUGGUUGUUACUCUGAUCAAAGAACUUUGACUGACUUGUAUUAUUAUUGUUGUUGUUGUAUUCCUGUUACUAUAUAAUAAAGUUAAUUAAAAGUCUAUUUUGAUGCUUCA